UUUAAAAUAUAAAAAAAGAAUCCCAAAAAAAAAAUAAUAAGUGUCGGUGAAUUCCCAACUCUUUUGUCUUCUUCUUCUUCUUCCUUUAAACUCAUCUCUUCUCUUAAUGUAACCGUUUCAGUUCCGAUUUCUCCCAAAAAAAAAAAAAACCAGAUCGGGUCGAUGAUUCUUUAAAACAACUCAGUUAAAAUAAUGGAGACGGGAGCGGCGGUGACGGCGACGGUUACGGCGGCGACGAUGGGGAUAGGGACGAGGAAGAGAGAUCUGAAACCAUACAAAGGUAUAAGGAUGAGAAAAUGGGGGAAAUGGGUGGCUGAGAUACGUGAACCGAACAAAAGGUCGAGGAUCUGGUUAGGUUCUUAUUCUACACCCGAAGCAGCGGCGAGAGCUUACGACACUGCUGUGUUUUACCUCCGUGGUCCUUCAGCUCGUGUUAAUUUCCCGGAGCUUUUGGCUGGGCUCACUGUUUCUGGAGGAGGAAUAGGUGGUGGUGGUGACGGUGGAGGAGAUAUGUCGGCGGCGUAUAUAAGGAGAAAAGCGGCGGAGGUUGGUGCUCAGGUUGAUGCGCUUGGUGCUACGGUCGUUUUUAAAUCGGGAGAGAGCCGCGGUGGUGGUGGUGGUGGUGAUUACGAGGAGGAGGAUUGUGGUAAGAGUGGUAAUAACGGGUCGUUGGAACGGGUCGAUUUGAAUAAAUUACCCGACCCGGAAAAUUCGGAUGAUGACGUGUGUACGAAGAGGAGAUGAUAUAAAGUAGUUUGUAGAGAGAAUGUUUUGUCUUCUUUAUGAUGCGCUUGUCGUCGCUAACAUGCGCUUCCAUGGUUUUUGGGUUUUUUUUGGUUUCAUCCUCCAAAUGGAUUUAUAUAAAUUAGAAAACUCAUGCUCUUGUGAAAUUGUCGCUUGCUAGUUGCUACUACAAAAAUAGAUUUGCAUGUUCUUCUUUUCGUAUUUGGGGGAAUAAUAAAUAACGAUGUGUAAUUCAAAUUUGUA